AGAAGCAAUCUGACAGCAUAGUUCAGCAACAGCCCACGGGGAUGCCAGGAUAACAUCUCCUGAAAGAUGUCUCUAAAUUACAUCAAGAACUUCUAUGAAGGAUGUGUUAAGCCUCCAACUGUGAUCGGCCAGUUCCACACUCUCUUCUUCGGCUCAGUGCGGAUGUUCUUCCUUGGAGUGCUGGGCUUUGCUGUCUACGGGAAUGAGGCUUUGCACUUCAGCUGUGACCCAGACAAACGAGAGAUAAACCUGUUCUGUUACAAUCAGUUCCGGCCAAUAACUCCCCAAGUGUUCUGGGCAUUACAGCUAGUGCUUGUCCUGCUUCCUGGAGCUAUUUUCCACCUGUAUGCUGCAUGCAAAAGUAUCAAUCAAGAAUGCAUUCUUCAGAAGCCCGCGUACACUGUGAUUUACAUCCUCUCAGUCUUGUUAAGAAUCAGCCUGGAGGUGUUAGCAUUUUGGCUUCAGAUUCACCUCUUUGGCUUCCAAGUGAAGCCGAUAUACUUGUGUGAUACUGAAUUGCUUGGUAAAAAACCAAAUAUUCUAAAAUGCAUGGUUCCAGAGCACUUUGAAAAGACUAUUUUCCUCAUUGCAAUGUACACAUUUACUGUGAUCACGAUGGUAUUGUGUAUUGCUGAGGUUUUUGAGAUCAUAUUUAGAAGAUCAUGUUUUCUCUUUAAACGAUGACUGGGUUGAUUGCCUAUUAUCAUGCCAUAGUUCCUAUCAAUCAUUUAUACUUAAUUUUCCCAUCAAGUAUUUCAAUUCCAAAUGUUCUUUAAACUUUAAUGUGUCUAUAAUUAAUGUAUACUAGAAAAUAGGAUACCAAGUUCUAAACUAGGUAUUUUUGAGCAAAUAUUUCCUCCUAUUGUAAUUGUAUAACUUAUUAUGAAAUAAUGUACAUGUAAGCCUAAUGAUAGCUCUUUUUUUUUUCCGAGACAGGGUUUCUCUGUAUAGCCCUGGCUGUCCUGGAACUCAUUCUGUAGACCAGGCUGGCUUCGAACUCAGAAAUCUGUCUGCCCCUGCCUCCUGAGUGCUGGGAUUAAAGGCGUGCACCACCACCACCCGGCGAUAGCUCAUUUUUUAAAAUACUAAAUGUACAGGCUUCUCUCAUGUACAAUACUUUAAGUGAUCACAUUAUUUUUGGCCAAAGAGACUUCUUAUGUAGGUCAAAGACUGGAAAAUUGAUAUUCAGAGAUGAUAUUUAUGUGCCAUGUCACACAACCAAACCAGAAUUUAGCUCUUUCCCUACACACUGAACCAUGUGCCUUUAACUCCAAAGACAUAAUUAUCUUUGCAUUUGUGUAAAAUGUACCUUUAAACACAAAAUAUAAAUUAAUUAAGUCAUAUAAUUUAAACACUAACUCAAAGAAGACAAGCAAUUGAAUUUUUAAAUAUUAAAACCCAUAUUGUUUUGCUGAAAUCAAUAUUAAAUGAUUAUGGAGAUAGAAUAAAUUAGAGUUGCUAUG